AUUUGUCCGUUACUUGAAAUAUUGUCGCAAUAUUGUCGUAUGCAAUUUAUUUUUUAGUGUAUUGGCUAAAUAUUUUCCAAAAUAUUUUUAACAGAGUCGCCAAUAUCGAACCUGUAUUUAAUACGCGUCUUCUUCGCAUCUAUUCUUUUGACAUCCGCUACCCACAUCACACUUUCACACCCCUUACAUUCCCUUUCAUAACCUCUACGAAACUCAUUACCUUUUAACGUCUAAUUCCUUUCUUUUUUAAGAUGCGCAUCAAUAUUUCAUUCGCCAUUACGCUUUCGACUAUCUCGAUGGCCUUUGCCGCACCCGUUCCCACCAGUCUUCUUGGAGGCGUCCUUGAUCUUAUCUCUCCUCUCACCGGUGCUGUCGGGGGUAUUGUCAACGGUCUUCUUGGCUUUAAAGCUACUGACACUAUUUAUCCCACUAAUCGCAACUAUGACAAUGUUAACGGCAACAGCUACAACAUUGGCCCCAACACCGGCUACACUGGCCCUAGCUCUGGUAGCCAGGGCCCCAACACCGAAUACAAGGCACCUGACUCUAGCAAAUACCCUACUAAUGGUCCUAGCAUUGGAAGCAAUAACCCAGGCUUUGGAUACUAUGAUCCUAUAACUGGCGAGCAUCACAACCAUGGUCCGAUCACUGGCAGCUAUGGUCUUAGCACCGAGUAUAAGGCUCCGAGCACCGAGCACAAGGCUCCCACCACUGGCGAUUACCACGCCAAUGGCCCCAGCACCGAGUACAAGGCUCCCAGCACUAACACCUACCAGGCCAACGCUCCCGAGCACCAAGAGCAGCCCCGUUACAUUGUCAAGUCCACCCUCUAAACACUUUUAUUCAUAUCAAUUCACAAACAAAAUCUCUUAUUAUUUACCCCUAUCAAUUAUGAAAAUUUUUUU